AUGGAACUAAUUCGGCCGACGCAGGGAUUACCGGCUAUUUUGAAGCGCUAAAUCCGAAGGUGUCGAGUAACUAAGGCUUUCGCUACGGACAUCCGUAUAUCUGGCUUCCAAUGAAUGCAGUGGGAGAACUUAGUGAGAUGACCAAAUGAAUACAUCUAUACUCCUUAGACAUUCUCUGCGCCUCCUGUAGACUUAUUUUCUCUUUCAGGCGCCCAUCGCUUCGUCGCUAUGUCUUCCACGAGCGAGUCCAACGACGCGCCAGCUAUAUCGACUUUGACUGCGACUGCAACGGCAUACAUCGAUGUUUUCAGAACACUAGACACGGAAGCCCUGUCCCGCAUCCUCAGCGACGAGUAUAAUCACCGGUUUGCGCCAACCUCGGCCAAUCUUCCCGGGCCGAUGGAUCGUCACGGUUUGAUUGCUCGCCUUAAACAUGUCGGAGAGGUGAUGUCUUCCUUCACUGUCACCAUCAAGCAGACAUGGCCGAAUCCGUCGCUACGACAGGUUCUCAUAUGGGCAGAGUCCGAGACCAAUUUCCAUAAGCAUUUGAGGGACAGUGAUGACGAUGAAGAGUGGAUGAAGCGGGGAGAGUACAUGUUUCUAAUGACCCUGGAUGAGAGUGGGGAAAAGAUCACGGAUGUACUCGAGUUUUUAGAUAGUAAGGCUACAGAAGAUAUCGUUGUUAUGGUGGCCAGAGCGCUGGAGAAGUCAUCGGCUAAGGAUUGAAGUGGGCAAUGCGCCAUGAUGCUUUGUGCAGCACAGGUUUUAUCUAAACAUUGGGUAUAUGUAUUCGGCUAGCAAUGG